UAGAAGUGUGGAACAUGAACGUGAAAUGGUAGGCACGUGGUAGGGAAUAAUCACUGCUCUCUUUGAAUUAUAGCAAUUAUUUCGAGAUUCUGGAGGUCAUACUUGUGAAUAAUAGAGACUCAAGCCCACCAUGGUUCGUAAACUAAAGUUCCACGAGCAGAAGUUGCUGAAGAAAGUCGACUUUAUCUCGUGGAAAAGCGACAACAACAUCAGAGAGGUGAAAGUCCUGCGAAAAUACCACAUUCAAAAGCGCGAAGAUUAUACUAAAUACAACAAACUUUCGGGUUUAAUAAAAUCCUUAGCUAACAAAAUAAAAGACUUGGACCCUAAGGAUCCUUACAGGGUGGAAGCUACGGAACAGAUCCUUGAAAAACUUCACAACAUGGGUCUAAUUUCCACUAAAAAGAAUCUUGGCCAGUGUAAUAAAGUGAAUGCCUCCUCAUUCUGCCGACGCAGACUUCCAGUGGUAAUGGUCAACCUAAAGAUGGCGCAAGUUGUGAAAGAUGCAGUAAAGUAUAUUGAACAGGGACAUGUGCGAGUUGGUCCAGAGGUGAUAAUGGAUCCAGCAUUUCUAGUUGCCAAAAAUAUGGAGGACUUUGUCACCUGGACAGAUACUUCUAAGAUCAGAAAACAUGUCAUGGAGUAUAAUGAUAUGAGGGAUGACUUUGACUUUUCUUAGUCUCAAGAUCUAUCUUUUAGAUUGAGGAAAAUAGCCUUAUAAACCCAUGUGGGGUGGCAAAUAGCAAGAUCAGUAUUUUUCUAUUUUAAAAUUUGUGCCAGAGAAAUUAAGUUUCUGAAACCAAGAUCUUGAUUUCAGAAUAAUUUUCCAAGAUAAAUUGAUGUACACAAUCCCUUGCUGGCCACAAUUCCCCUUAAAAACAUAGCAAUACUACAUAGCACAUAGGCAGUCAAGACACAACUUCAAAUUAUAUUUUUAUUUCCCGAAGAAUCACAAGAGACUGCCCCAUAUCCUGGAUCCCCUGUGGAGCAGUUGUUGACAAUGCACUUUUUUUUAAAUUAGAGACAUACUUAUGUUAAUUAAUAAAUUAUCAAUAGCUUCUAGAAAUAUGAUCAGGAUUUGCGGUAAACAGACCCUCUGAUAAAUCAGAUUUUUGCUGUUUCUGCAUCAUAGUUUGGAGGAAAAUAGCUGAAGUCUAUCAUCAGACAAAGUGGACUAGGAAGCUUCCAUUUAAAGCCACAUUGUCACCAGUUUACUUCCGGCCGGUUACUUUACAAUCUCUGAUGAUUUUUAAUGGAAAACACGAAAAAUAUUUCAAAAUUGUAUGUCUAUUGGAAAUCUCGUUGAGGAUGUGAUUGAUAAUUUAAAGCGGAUGGCCUGUUAAACACCACAGAUUUUAAGUAGGGGUUAGAUAAUGGGCGCUAGUGUUCUAUUGGAUUUAGGGCACGAAUAAAAAAAAUGUGAGUGCGCAGCAAGAGUGUCCUAAAUUCCAUAGAACACGUCCAUUAUCUAACUUUCUUAGAAAAUUAACACUGCCAUGAGACAUUUCAAAAUUUUUUUAAACUAGAUGUCACUGGCAAAUCAACAUCAUCAUAUGUAAAACAAUUAAAAUAAUAUCUUACUGUUAUCAACAUCAUUAGGCAAUACUAACAGGUCAAUUGUGUGCGAAAACAACCAGACUUUUCGCUUUGUUGAAAUUCUAGUCAUCGCUGCAAGACUUAGCCUCCCCCGCAGGCGUUUUAAGUUUUAAGUGCUUGAUUUUUCCGUCCCCGGAAAAGAAUGGUUUUAAAAACCAUUCGGCGAAAGAAAGUAAGCAAAUAAAAGCAGGAACGAUUCCCCCGUCAAAAACACGAAAUAGUAAGCUCUGUAGACACGAGAAGAAAAGGAUAAACCCAGAUCUUCAGUUGUUAUGUUUGAUAAAACCAGGCCUUCAGUUGUUAUGUUUGAUAAACCCAGGUCUUCAGUUGUUAUGUUUGAUAUUAGUAAACACAAUUAACAUUGUA